GAGUUACUGAGUGUUUUUAUAAAUAGGGUCUUGUUUGCUCAUCUGUUCAUCAGCUCCACAUUUUGUUUGGUUUAUGCUCAUCAUGAUUUGUGCAACUGUGGUUCUCUGGAUCUUGUCAGCAGUGGUCUGUGUGGGAAGAGGUGCUCAUGAUCCAUGCCAUGUCCAAGACACUACAGUGGACCGCUUCAACGAUGGAUUGACAAUGGUGAUAUCAGCCAACAAUGAGUUUGCCUUCCGUCUGUACAGGGAAUUAUCAGAGCCCUCUGACUCUCAAGGCCAAAACAUCUUCUUCUCUCCUAUUUGUGUAUCUUUGGCCUUGGCUGCUUUGUCUGUUGGGGCACGAGAAGAGACCCACCAACAGAUUUUCAAUGUUCUGGGGUUCAACGACUUCCAACUGUCCCAAAGUGAUGUAGACGAAGCCUUUUGUAGAAUUGUUAAAAGCAAACAGGCACGUGAAGACAUCACUGCAGGUACUGCUGUGUUUGUAGACAACCUGUUCAAGUCUCAGCCUGAGUUUCUGCGUGCCUUAAAGCAGUUUUACUUUGCCGAGUACUUCAGUGUCGAGUUCACCAAAGCCACAGAUGCUGCCAAUACCAUCAAUAAGUACGUUUCAGAUAAAACCAAUGGAAGGAUCGACAAACUGGUCGACGGCCUGAAUUCAAGCACAGUCUUGUAUCUCCUCAACUACAUUUACUACAAAGGAAAGUGGCCGAUUGGGUUUGAUCCUGCCCUGACCAAGUUGGAUGAAUUCACCGUGGAUGAAAAUAAAAAGGUUCCAGUCCAGAUGAUGAAAAUAGACAAACACUUUUCUACUUUUGAUGAAGAAAUCGGCACAUUUGUCCUCAACCUUCCUUUCAGCAACUCCUUCUCCAUGCUGCUGCUGAUGCCUGAUAAUAUGACUACUCUGGAGAACAUGAUCAGUCUCACUCGCGUUACUGAAUGGUUGAAUGUGACGGAGUCUAGGGAUUGUGGCAUUUAUAUUCCCAAGUUUUCCAUCAAGACUUCCUACACCCUGAAUGAUGUGCUGAAGGAAAUGGGAAUGACAGAUGUGUUUGAUCAUGCAAAUCUGAGUGGUAUUUCUAAAGAACAUAACCUGACUGUAUCGGAGGUUGUGCACCGAGCUGCCCUGGAUGUUGACGAGGAAGGAGCCUCUGCUGCCGCUGCUACAGGAAACGUCGUCUUUGAUUCUUGCUUGAAGCAAGAUUUAAAGUUCAAUAGUCCUUUCAUGUUCAUGAUUGUUGAACGAAGUACAGAGACCAUACUUUUCAUGGGCAAAAUUUCCAACCCAAACCUCUGACGAAAAAAAACUUUGUGGUCAAGCACAGUUGUAAAUAAAAAUUUAAACUAAG